AUGAACGGGUCAACAGACCUCCUCCUCCGCCGCAUCACCUCAGUCGCCCUAGCCAUCUUCUUCUUCUCCGCCGCCUCAGGAAACCUAACCCCAGUGUCCUGGCUCACCCAGCCCGACUGGGUCACCUACCUGGACGGGCCGUGCCUAGCCGACCGCGUCCUCUCGCCCGUGCUGCUCGGCGGCGCCGCCAUCCUGCACUGGUACAUCGCCUCGCAGCGCACCGCCCUGCCGCUGACCAUCACCAUCCCCAGCCCCGGCCAGGACAUCGCGCGCGCCCGCGGCGGGGCAGCAGCAGCGAACGCCAACAACACCCUCGUCCUGGGCCUGUGGCAGCCGUCCUACUACUGGCCGCUGGCCGUCGCCGAGGCCGUGCUGCUGUACGCUGUCGCGUCGGGCGGCGCGAGCGUCUUCGCCUCGCGCUGCGUCGUCGUCCUGCUCGUCGCAGGCGCCUGGGUCCUCGGCUGGAACGCCCUGCCCUGGUACCGCAAGGAGCAGGCCUGGGCCCUGAUCAAGGAGUACGUCGUGCAGCUUAUCAUCAUGGAGAUGAUGAACAUGGCUUUUGGGGGCGGGUCGGACCGGAGGAGGAGGCGGAGGAGGUUCUAG